UCCCGUUUAAAAUCAUGUACUGGAGUUUCUAUAAAAGGCGAAUAUUGAGAUAAUAAUAUCAUUUGAACAAACGGGAGCAAAAGUCAUUCCACGAUGAUGUUUCUUUUCGCUCUGCUUGGCUGCCUUGUGGCCUCGUCUGUGACAAAUAUAUCAGCAAAAAGGGUCUAUAGUGAGAAGGACCUAAGACGCCAUAUCUUUGCUGAUUAUGACAAGUUCGUGAGACCGGCCGCGCAUCCUGACAGUACCAUCACCGUGUCUACAGGAAUCACACCAUUAUCCAUUAGAGAGCUGGAUACAAAGACUCAGGUAUUGGUGAUGGAUACAUAUAUGUUAAUGAAAUGGAAUGAUGACUUUUUGAAAUGGGAUCCUUCUGAAUUUAACAAUAUUACCGAACUGCGUUUGCCCAACAGCCUGGUUUGGAAACCAGACUUGUCAGUUUACACAGCAUCCCGAGACGACGCCUUGUUCCCAACUUCCCCCACCAACGUCAUCGUGGACCACAAUGGAUCUGUCCUCUGGGUACCCUAUUUCACUAUCAAAAGCCGAUGCCCUCUAAAGAAACAAGGGAAAAACUACUUCGAAUGUGUAAUCAAGAUUGGUUCCUGGACUUACAGCGGGAAACUAUUGAAUCCUCAACUCGAUACAUCUGAGGUCGACCUUUCGAAUUUCGAAGAUUCCAAUCCUAGCUGGAAGCUCGUGACCAUAAAAUCAGACAGACAGUCACAAUUCUAUCCCUGCUGCCCAGGAGAAGACUACCCCGCAAUUCAUUUCAAUGUAACUCUGAAAAGACGCUGGCCUUCCGUGUCCAUGGAAAAUGAAGUCUAGUAUCAAGGAAACUCCAGUCAUUUAACCCGAGUUUCAGUCAAUGUUAUAGAUGGACUGAUUUCAAUAAAAUGACCGAACCUGUGGCUGCGAGCGCUCAAGUGUUAUUCGAUAAAAAUUCUGAAUUUUUUAACUGUAUCAAUAAAAUAAAUCUCAUUUUAUAAAAAAUUUUAGUAAUGUCUCAUA